AUGGCGUCCCAAGGCGGCCUCCGCAGGGGCCGUGGAGGCACCCGCCUGAGCCUCCACCUCGUGGUCUGGCUUCAGCUCCUUCAGCCCCUGCUCAGUGAGCCAUACCGACCCGAGGAGGCUUCCAGAGUGACCCCGGCAAGCCCAGAGGCCCGGACGCCUCCCAUGCACCUGAAAUUCCCGAAGAUUCCAGAAACCUCUGUAGCUCCAGGGUCUCCAGCGCCCGCAGGGCCUCCAGGAUCCCGGGUGACUUCAGCAUCUGCAGUGGGAGGCGCCUCAGAAUCCGACGGGAUCUCUGACCUUGGAAGGCGGCUUCCUCAGGAUCUUGUUUCUGUCCCCUCUUUACUGAGCCCACCAGCCUGCCGCCGUCGGAUUUCGAGGAUAGUUGGGGGAUUACCGGCCCCAGAAAAGAAGUGGCCCUGGCAGGCGAGCCUGCAGACCAGCGACGGACACAUCUGCGGAGGCUCCCUGAUCGGCAGGCGCUGGGUGCUCACGGCCGCCCACUGCAUUCAUGGCCAUGUGGAAUACAAGGUGAAGCUGGGAGAUGCCCACUGGCUUGCUGAUUCCAAAACGGCACCGGUGAUCCCGGUUCAAGACAUCAUUUUUCCCAGCAAUUUUGAUGCUACCACUUUGAUAAACGACAUUGCUGUUGUUCUGCUCGCCUACCCUGCGAAUUAUUCCUCACACAUCCAGCCUGUGUGCCUCCCCAAAAAGUUUUUCAAAGUGAAAGCUGGGACAGAGUGCUGGGUGACUGGAUGGGGGAAAACAGCAGAGAAUGGUGAGAUCGUCAAGCGGGAUGCUGAGGCUGAGCUAAGCAUUAUUCGUCAUGAGAAAUGUAGAGAGGUGCUCAAGAAGUUGGGACACGAGAGUGAAACGGUCAAGGAGGGGACCGUCUGUGGCUACAGUGACCAAGGGAAGGAUGCCUGUCAGGGAGAUUCUGGGGGACCCCUGGUCUGUGAAUUAAAUGGUGUAUGGGUCCAGGUGGGGAUUGUGAGCUGGGGCAUUGGCUGCGGUCGCAAAGGAUAUCCUGGAGUUUACACGGAAGUUAGUUUCUACAAGCAAUGGAUUGUUGAUCACCUGAAACAAGAUUCCUGUCUGGAUUCAGCAAACUUUCUCACUCUAUUCCUGUGUCUGGUGAUGCCCCUGGGCAUUCUGGUGACCCCGUGAUCAGACCCCAUUCCACUCUCCUGCUGUUUCUGAGUCUCACACUUAGGUGUCUCCUCUGACCAACCUCCCACUCCUUCUCAAUGCCUUUUCCACAAAUCCCAGUUGGAAUCCACGGGCCCUCUGGAGAUCCAUACAAUAGAGCAUGGCGGGGAGACGGGGGCCUGGAAAGUGUCCCUGCCUGGUGCUCUGGUCAUCUGCCUCAGCUGUGCCUGCACCAGGGCUGUGCUCUGCCUGGUGGGAAGGAGGGAUGAACCAAUU